AUUGCAGCCAGAGUACAGAGACCGAGUCUGGAGCCCUUAUUCUGACACCUCCUGUGAUCUUCAUAUGACAACUCUGACAGAAAGGGACGCCGGCGUUUACUACUUCAGAUUUAAAGCAUUGGCGUCACCACAUGGGAAAACAACAGCAUGGAUUCAUGGAUCGCCGGGAAUUGCUCUUGUGGUCUCAGAUGCUGAACUGAAGGUGGAUCCUACAUCAGUCACACAAAGGUGGAUAAAUGUAACCUGUGCCACCUCCUGUACCCUGGGUCUUGUGGAUUACUACACAUGGUACAGGAAUGGAAAAUAUCUAAAGUACACUGAUGAGGCUUCCAUAGUCAUAGACUCAGCUGAUGGCUCUGAGAGUCAGGGCAGUUACUGGUGUGAAGUCAGAGCUGCUGGCAACCGACUAACAUCCUCUGCAGUGUGUGUUUUGGGUCCGGAGUGCUGGGGUGUGACCUACAGCAGUGAGGCAAUCUGUGGCUUAAAGGGGUCAUCAGUGGCCAUGUCCUGCUAUUACAAAUACCCUGGGGGUCAUCAGUUCAAAGGAGGACACUGGUACAAAGAAAGCCCUUCCAGUGGAGAGCCAGAGCCCCUGAGUUUGGACCCUCUGUUCAGAGGCCGACUGGAGACCACCUCAUCUAACUGCAGCCUGACAAUACAGGAUCUGAGAGACAGUGACUCAGGAGUGUAUUUGUACACUUUUAAAACAACUUCCUCAAAUUGGAUAAAAGCCAAAACAGGAAUCAGACUAUCGGUCACAGACCUGCAGGUGACGGUAGAUCCAGAUACAGUGACAGGAUAUCGGAUAAAAACCACAUGCAGCACCUCUUGCAGAGGGACGUCUCCGCUUUAUUACUACUGGUACAGAAAUGGUCAACUUCUACGGAAUGAACAUGGGCCAGACAUCGACAUUUACUCUUCAUAUAAUUACUAUGAAGGAAAUUACUCUUGUACUAUAAAGGGCUUUGAAAAUCAUCGCUCUACAGCUGUGUGCAUCCUUGGUAAGGAAUGUUGGGAUGUGACCUAUUCCUCUGAGGCCAUCUGUGCUUUGAAGGGGUCCUCAGUGGACAUCAGCUGCAGGUACAAACACCCAGCAGGCCACACGAACCAAUUCUGGUUUAAUGAGCAACAAUCAAACACAGAGCCUGAGGACCUGAGUCUGGACCACACAUAUGAAAGGCGUGUGGAGUACAAGAGGAAUAACAGUGACCACACACUGAGACUGAAGGAUCUGACUGAGGAAGACGCUAGGGAAUACUGCUUUACACUGUAA